CCACACGACGUGAAAGAUACGUCAACAUUUGUAAACACAAAGUUGGUGUUGUUGGUGUACUUCGUCUUCCCACGAUAGGCGUUCGUUUAUUUCACACCCAAAUAUUGUCCAAAUGGUGGCGCCUUCAUCGACACAGAAUAAGAAAUACUUGGAAAUGUUGGAGAAAAUUGAGGUGAGACAGCUGGUGCAAGGUAUCCCGAUUGCGAUGACAGUUUUAGUAGGAUCUCCUAUGAGCUGGUCAGAGGAUCAACAGAUUGCAGUUGUCACUCAAUUGGGGCAUACAUAUUUGCUUGAGGACACAGCUACAUAUAAACAUCAGAUUUUCCUUUUGAGUGUGUAGUAUUCAGUCCUUGAAGAAAUUUAGUGACUUCAAGUGAAAAGUGAAGUUUGAUCUUUUUCAUUUUCAUUUAUGAUCGUAUUUAAUACUAUACUAGUUUAUUAAAGUUUAUAAUCUCCCUUUUUAGUUAUUCUUGAGUUUUUUCAAAUAUGGCUUGCAUAUCAAGUUUAUUUUUGCUUAUCAUUUGUUGUCAAAUUGGUCAGUACUCAGUGUUGAGUCUUAAUAUUACCCAGCUUGUAUUUGGUGAAAAUACUAAGUACUUGCCAGCGGCCUUUGGUGAUUUUAACUCAGAUAAACUAACUGAUAUGUUUGUAGUGACUCAAGAUGGAAGAACCUUGAAAGUUUUGAUGUCUCAUGCAGAGUCCCCUUUAUUCCGUGAGCCAAACCCUCCUGAAGGUCCAUCGUGCACAUAUAAAACACUGAAAAUAGUGAGUGUAGUUCCUGGUGAUUUUGAUGGUAAUGGUGCAAUGGAUGUGAUGAUUGUUUCAUUAGGUAGCGUGACUAAAGUUUAUGAUAUUCAUAUUCUUUGGGGAAGUUUGAGGAAUAUGACCCUUGAAUGUGGCUAUGAAGAUUCUCCCCUUUUGAAGUUAUCAGGACAACCUCUGGUAAUGGAUAUGAAUGGAGAUAUGAUACCAGAUUUGUUUGGGGAAGAUGAAAACGGAACAAGAAAAUUUUGGGUGUUUGGUACAGACCGAAAGCCUCCAACUCCCCACUUAAUGUUUGCUGAUGGAAGUGAAAACCAUCCAAGGCUGAAGAUCCCAAGCUCACAUGCCUUUGUUGAUCUGAAUAGUGAUUUGGCUGCUGAUCUCUGGAUUACUGCAAAAACUCAGUUUGAAAUCUGGACUACAGCUGAAGGAGUGUAUCAGUUGAAUGAAACUAUUGACUUUCCUCCUGAUGUUGGGUAUAUUGGCCAAACAUCCUUCGCUGAUGUCAAUCUUGAUGGAAAUAUUGAUGCUGUGGUACCGGUAUGUUUUGACAAAAACACAGUGUUGUGUAAAAAGAAUUCUGUCUUUAUCUAUGAUUUUAUCAAAAAAGAAUGGAUUCAGAUAGAUGUCAUUUUUGAGGAUCCAUUAGGUAAUGCCUGGUCAUUUGCUACCAGUUCAUUAGGGGACUUGUAUACAGAAACCACAACACUUAGAGUUGGUGACUUUAAUCUAGAUGGCUAUCCUGAUUUCUUGGUCACACUCUUUGACCAGUCUAAAACACCUCGAGUAGUUUUGUUGGAGAAUAUCAAGUGCAGUGGAGAUUCUUGCAAGUAUCAUCGUAAUUUUGCACCAAAGUGGGAUUUGUUCAAGGAUUUUGGAAGAACAGUCCUGGGAACUUUCUUUGACUUUCAAGAAGAUGGUACUUUGGAUGUGCUGCUUGUUCAGAAGACUUCUGACAAUGAAUACCAGCUUGGUGUGUAUAAAGACGCCACAGAAUAUGAUGCCGUCUUUGUUAAGGUUCUUAUCCCUACUGGUCGCUGCUAUGGUGAGGAUUGUGCCUUGAAUAACAUUGCUUAUGGGACAAAUCAACCAGGUCCUUCUAUUACAUAUUCUAUUACAACUGCAACUGGCAGUAACCAGUGCUCCAAAGCAACGCAACUUCACCAGUCUGCUCAUCACUCCUUACAGCUUCCUUACACUGUGUUUGGCCUUGGACGCAACUGGAAUUUUGUUGAAGUUAUGAAAGUUGGUAUACCUCGUGGAAAUAAUUCAAUAACUCUGACUAGCAGUUUUACUCAAAUUAUUCCCAACUCUCAGCUGAUUGUCAUUCCUUACCCAAUGGAAAACCCUGAUCAGUGGGUGAGUAAGUUGUUCAUAACACCCAGCAAAGCAAUGCUAAUGACAGCAGGUGCUCUUAUUGGAACUUGUCUCUUUGUUGCAGCCAUUAUUGGCAUACUACAUCACAGGGAGAAGCAACAGGAUAAGAGAGAAAAGCAACAGGAGGCUCAUAAAUUCCAUUUUGAUGCCAUGUAAUGAUAUGUAUUUCAUU